CGGCGCGCGCGGGGGCCCAGGCGGGGGGCGGAGGGAAGCGCGGGGCAGCGCCGGCCGCCGGGGCCCAGGAGGAGCCGAGCGAAGAGAGAGGAGCGGGGACACGGGCGGGGCCGCCGGAGCUCCGGAUGGGACCAGCGCCCGGGCCCGUUAGUCCAAGCAGGAGCUUCGGGAGAAGCCUUCACAGGGAGAUUUACCCCUGCCUUUCCCUCCCCUCCGGCGCAGGCCUCGCUUCGCUCCCCGCCUGCCCAUGUCCCAGUCCUUCCGUGGCGCGGACGCCCUCCCACUUCAGUCCCUGGGUCCUGUUUUUCCCAGCUCCCUGUGCUCCCAGCCUCUUCAGCUGUGAGGUGCCCCCAGGCCGUUUCUUUGUACCAGCCUGCCCCCAACCCCCAUCCCAUCCCAGGCUCAGAUCCCCUUCUCUUUCUGGGCUUUGGAUUGUCAGGCCACUUCACCCCUCACUGUCCCCAUCCCGGUCGGUCGCAGGCACCCUUGGUCCCUCCCUCCUCCUGCCACCCUACCCUUCGUCCUCUGUCCUUGCCCUGGGCUGGUAGCUCACUCCUUGUCCACCCCAGGCUGCCUCCCAUCCCCUCUUCUUGCGGUCCCCAGCACUUUCUGAAUCCCUGCGGACUUAGCUUGUCCCUACUUCUUUUCCUGGCCCUCUUCCCCAGGCUCCAGGCUGGGUUGUGCUUGUGCCUGCAUCGUAGGCCAGAGCGGCCCCAGGUUCUGGGGGCCCUGGCGCUGCUGCUUUAUCCCCAUGGCAUUGCCAUCACUGCUGCUGGUGGUGGCAGCUCUAGCAGGUGGGGUGCGCCCCCCUGGGACGCGGAACCUGACGCUGGCGGUGGUGUUGCCAGAACACAACCUGAGCUAUGCCUGGGCCUGGCCACGGGUGGGUCCUGCUGUGGCACUAGCCGUGGAGGCACUGGGCCGGGCACUGCCCGUGGACCUGCGGUUUGUCAGCUCUGAACUAGAUGGCGCCUGCUCUGAGUACCUGGCACCGCUGCGCGCUGUGGACCUCAAACUGUACCAUGACCCUGACCUUCUGUUGGGCCCGGGUUGUGUGUACCCCGCUGCCUCUGUGGCCCGCUUUGCCUCACACUGGCGCCUUCCCCUGCUGACUGCGGGUGCGGUGGCCUCUGGUUUUGCUGCUAAAAAUGAGCAUUAUCGUACCCUGGUGCGCACUGGCCCCUCUGCUCCCAAGCUGGGUGAGUUUGUAGUUACAUUACACGGGCAUUUCAACUGGACUGCCCGUGCUGCCUUGCUGUAUCUGGAUGCUCGCACAGAUGACCGGCCUCACUACUUCACCAUCGAGGGCGUCUUUGAGGCCCUGCAGGGCAGCAACCUCAGUGUGCAGCACCAGGUGUAUGCCCGUGAGCCAGGAGGCCCUGAGCAGGCUACCCACUUCAUCCGGGCCAACGGGCGCAUUGUGUAUAUCUGCGGCCCUCUGGAGAUGCUGCAUGAGAUCCUGCUCCAGGCCCAGAGGGAGAACCUGACCAAUGGGGACUAUGUCUUCUUUUACCUGGAUGUCUUUGGGGAGAGUCUCCGUGCGGGGCCCACACGUGCUACAGGCCGGCCAUGGCAGGACAAUCGUACCCAGGAACAGGCACAGGCCCUCAGAGAGGCCUUUCAGACUGUAUUGGUGAUCACAUACCGAGAACCCCCAAAUCCGGAGUAUCAGGAAUUCCAGAAUCGUCUACUGAUAAGAGCCAGGGAAGAUUUUGGUGUAGAGCUGGCCCCGUCCCUGAUGAACCUCAUUGCUGGCUGCUUCUAUGAUGGGAUCCUGCUCUAUGCUCAAGUCCUGAAUGAGACAAUACAUGAAGGAGGCACCCGGGAAGAUGGACUUCGAAUUGUGGAGAAGAUGCAGGGACGAAGAUACCAUGGUGUAACUGGACUGGUUGUUAUGGACAAGAACAAUGACCGGGAGACUGAUUUUGUCCUGUGGGCCAUGGGAGACUUGGAUUCUGGGGACUUUCAGCCUGCAGCCCACUACUCAGGAGCAGAGAAGCAGAUUUGGUGGACGGGACGGCCCAUUCCCUGGGUGAAGGGAACCCCGCCCUUGGACAAUCCCCCCUGUGCCUUUGACUUGGACGACCCAUCCUGUGAUAAAACUCCACUUUCCACUCUGGCAAUUGUGGCUCUGGGCACAGGAAUCACCUUUAUCAUGUUUGGUGUUUCCAGUUUCCUAAUUUUCCGAAAACUGAUGCUGGAGAAGGAGCUGGCUAGCAUGUUGUGGCGUAUUCGCUGGGAAGAGCUGCAGUUUGGCAACUCAGAACGUUACCAUAAAGGUGCAGGCAGUCGCCUCACGCUGUCACUGGUGAGCCCUCGUCUCAGCUGUCCCCUCCACUCCGAGUUCCUGUCCUCUUACCCUGAACCUUUCCCAACACAUUGGCCUGUAAUGAUAACCCCUGCACUACCACCAUCAUCUAAUGUUCCUUUCAUCCUUCCGCCUCCUUGUUGCCCUUGGCCCCAGCGGGGAUCCAGUUACGGCUCGCUCAUGACAGCCCAUGGGAAAUACCAGAUCUUUGCCAACACCGGUCACUUCAAGGGAAAUGUUGUUGCCAUCAAACAUGUGAAUAAGAAGCGCAUUGAGCUGACCCGGCAGGUUCUGUUUGAACUCAAACACAUGAGAGACGUUCAGUUCAACCAUCUUACUCGGUUCAUUGGAGCCUGCAUAGACCCUCCCAACAUUUGCAUCGUCACUGAGUACUGUCCUCGUGGGAGUUUACAAGAUAUUCUAGAAAAUGACAGCAUCAACUUGGACUGGAUGUUUCGUUAUUCACUCAUUAAUGAUCUUGUUAAGGGCAUGGCCUUUCUCCACAACAGCAUUAUUUCAUCUCAUGGAAGUCUCAAGUCCUCCAACUGUGUGGUGGAUAGUCGUUUUGUGCUCAAAAUCACAGACUAUGGCUUGGCCAGCUUCCGAUCAACUGCGGAACCCGAUGACAGCCACGCCCUCUAUGCCAGUGAGGCUGGUUCCCACAAGCCACUUAAGAAGCUAUGGACUGCGCCAGAACUGCUCAGUGGGAACCCCUUGCCAACCACAGGCAUGCAGAAGGCUGAUGUCUAUAGCUUUGGGAUCAUCCUACAGGAGAUAGCACUUCGCAGUGGUCCUUUCUACUUGGAGGGUCUGGACCUUAGCCCCAAAGAGAUUGUCCAGAAGGUCCGAAAUGGUCAACGGCCAUAUUUCCGACCAAGCAUUGAUCGGACCCAACUGAAUGAAGAGCUAGUUUUGUUGAUGGAACGAUGUUGGGCCCAGGACCCAGCUGAGCGGCCAGACUUUGGACAAAUCAAGGGCUUCAUCCGCCGCUUUAAUAAGGAGGGUGGCACCAGCAUAUUGGACAACCUCCUGCUUCGUAUGGAACAGUAUGCCAAUAACCUAGAGAAGCUUGUGGAGGAACGCACACAGGCCUAUCUGGAGGAAAAACGCAAAGCUGAGGCUCUCCUCUACCAGAUUCUACCCCAUUCAGUGGCAGAGCAGUUAAAACGGGGAGAGACUGUACAGGCAGAGGCCUUUGACAGUGUUACCAUCUACUUCAGUGACAUCGUUGGCUUUACAGCACUGUCAGCUGAGAGCACCCCCAUGCAGGUGGUAACACUUCUUAAUGACCUGUAUACCUGCUUUGAUGCCAUAAUUGACAACUUUGAUGUCUACAAGGUGGAGACAAUUGGGGAUGCCUACAUGGUCGUAUCUGGCCUCCCAGGUCGAAAUGGUCAACGCCAUGCACCAGAAAUUGCUCGGAUGGCCCUAGCAUUAUUAGAUGCAGUGUCUUCCUUCCGCAUCCGCCACCGACCCCAUGACCAGCUAAGGCUACGCAUAGGUGUCCAUACUGGGCCAGUCUGUGCUGGGGUUGUUGGCCUGAAGAUGCCCCGCUAUUGUCUUUUUGGGGACACAGUAAACACUGCUUCUAGAAUGGAGUCUAAUGGUCAAGCCCUGAAGAUCCAUGUCUCCUCUACCACCAAGGAUGCUCUGGAUGAGCUAGGAUGCUUCCAACUAGAGCUUCGGGGGGAUGUGGAGAUGAAGGGAAAAGGAAAGAUGCGAACUUACUGGCUCCUAGGAGAGCGAAAAGGACCUCCUGGACUCCUGUAAACCUCACUUCUUCCCAAGUCAGACAAUCUCCUGCUGCUGGUACUUGGGUGGGCAGUGGCCACCAUCUCUUCACACACCAGAAAGAGACAUUGUCACACCAGAUGGAAAGUGUGCACAAAAAACCUACCUUAUAUGAAAGUUGUAGCCCUCUGAACUCAGCCUUGUACAUAUACCUGACCCUUUCUGGCUUGGUCCACUUCCUCCCUGCCUUCUGUAAAUAUCUGUAUCUAGACCAGAAUAUUUUGACCAAGUAUAAAAGAACAACAA